AUGAAGGUCUUUGCGCAACUCGUUCCAUUGCUUACGUCUUUGGCUGUUGCAUCGCCCGUCGAUAUUACUCGAUCACAGCUGCACAGGCUAUUCGUUCGCCAGGACAUCCAGACACCAAUCAAUGCCUCUCUCCCAAAUGUCACAAUAUUCGCGACUGGAGGCACAAUCGCCUCGCAAGGUAGCACAAAUACACAAACAACUGGCUACUCAAUUGGCCUCGGAGUCCAACAACUAGUCGAUGCGGUGCCGGAACUGCUCAACAUCUCCAACAUUGCCGGAUACCAGGCCUCCAACGUACCUUCUGGAGAUAUCAACGAAACAAUCAGCUUGUACCUCGCACACAUGAUCAAUGAAGAGCUAGCAAAAGACCACAUUUCCGGCGUCGUCGUCACCCACGGCACCGACACCCUCGAGGAAACCGCCUUCUUCCUCGAAAGCACCAUCAACUCCACCAAGCCCGUCAUCGUCGUCGGCGCCAUGAGACCCGCCACCGCCCUCAGCGCCGACGGCCCACUGAACCUCUACCAAGCCGUCAAGCUCGCCGGCUCGCCCGCCGGACGCAACCGCGGCACCAUGAUUGUCCUCAACGACCGCAUCGGCUCCGCCUUUUACACCACCAAAAUGAACGCAAACUCGCUCGACACGUUUUACUCGACCGAAGCAGGCCAACUCGGCGUCUUCAUCAAUCAAGUGCCCUAUUUCUUCUUCCACCCCUCGGAGCCCGUCGGCCGCGUCGUCUUCGACCUCUCCAACGUCACCGAUCUGGUUCCCGUGCCCAUCUUGUACGCCCACCAGGACAUGCUGCUCGCGCUUUUCACCGCCUGCUACGACGCCGGCGCAAAGGGUAUCGUGUAUGCGGGUGUCGGCGCUGGAGGUGUCUCGAGCGCUGCAAGUGCAAGUGCAGAGGCGCUGUACAAUGCUACUGGUAUUCCCAUUGUUGCUAGUCAUAGGAGUCCAGAUGGCAUGGUUCCCCCGCCGAAUGGAGAUGACGAUUUCACCAUCCCCAGUGGGUUUUACAACCCCCAAAAGUCGAGGGUUUUGCUGCAGUUGGCCCUGACGUUGGGCUGGGGCGAAAAGCAGAUUAGAGAAUUAUUCGCAAAGGGGUAUCCCAUGCCUUGA